CCACCCGCGGAAACAAUCCCGUGCGCACACGUAGGCGCCGGAAGGAACAGAGGAGACGUUCUAGAGGCGUCGCGAGCGCCAACCCCCGAACCUUCUCCAAAUCUCCAUUCCCCCUUUCUUAACACUCGCCGCCGCCGCCGCCGCAGCAGCAGCAGCAGAAUCCCCACACGACCGACAACCGCUCCCCUCGCCCUGCUCUGGAUUGAGUGAUUAGCUUCUCGAUUCGACCAGCACCGGGGCCAGCCGAUCGACGGCCGCUCGUGAUCGAUGGACGUGGACGCGGCGCCGGCGCUGAAGAGGAAGGGCGCCGACGCGCCGGAGCUGUGGCUGGACGACGACGUCGGCCCCGGGUUCCCCGUCGCCCCCCGCGCCACCAAGAUCCGCCGCCUGGACCCGGACAUGAUGCCUAUCGUGCCCGGCGCGGUCGUGCCGCCACCGCCACCGGGGACGCAGCCGCCGGUGGCGGGCUUCGGGGUGGCUGAGGAGGCGCCGAUGUGCGGCGACGCGGCGGUGGUGCCGGUGGACAUGGCGACGGCGCCGCCGCUGCCGGCCAACGAGGAGAGGGCGAUCGUCUUGUACCGGCCCGCCGAGGCCGAGCGCAGGCUUCUGCUCGGCCCGCUCCGGCCGGGCGGCCAUCUCCGCGUCAGCCCCCAGUGGAUCCAAGCGCUCAACGGCACGGUGCUGCAAGAGGCGAGCAACCGCCGCGCGCUGUUCGAGGGGCUCGCCGGAGCCGAGGCCUCGAACCUAGCGAUGGUCACCUGGGCGCCGUCCCGCGCGCAGGCGGCGUCCACGGCCGCGGAGAUGAUGGAAGCCGAGGACGGCGAGAGCGCGUCCAUGGAGGUGGAGCAGGACAGGUCCGGGCAGCAGCUCCCGAUGCCCCUGUGGCCGCAGCAGCAGCCGCACUGCAUGGUGCAGCAGCAGCCCAUCCCGGUGGCAUGGUCAUUGUGAAGCGCCUCCGGUGUAGCGUUAGGAGAAAGGAGAAUCCUUAGGUGCAGGUGUCUGUAGUAGUGUUCUUCAACGGUGGUUUUGGUCUGCGGCGCUGCUCUGCCUCCAUGGUGCGAGCAGAGGUGGUGCGGAGAGCAGGAGACGGCCGGUUGACGCCGUCGUUUUAGCGGGAGGGGGGCGACGGUGGUCUCGUCUCGCCAGUGGGUCCGAAGUAACAAUCGACAGGAGACUGUUCAUAUGGAUAGAUAGCCUUCCAAGGGCAAAGAUCAAUGUGGCUAUCUUCCAUUUUGGUUUGGACUUUGGACCAGAGCAGAGGAGGUGUGUGCUGUAUCCUUGGGCCGUCCAUGGCGUGAUCCUCUAUCGUUUGUUCAAUCGAGCACCAAUGUCACAGAAAAGUUUACCAACAAAGUAGUCCUAGUUGUGUACA